AUGGGGAUUAGAAUUAAGAUAACAACCUCGCCGGCAAAAUCAGCCUCGGGCACGUUUCGGGGGAGGAGGAGCGAAGACACGCCCCACUCUGCUAGCAUUAGCCAAUUGCUGUCGGGACCGGAAAUUACGCUACCAAACAGCGCCGUGGCUAAAGUCGGGAUGGCCUUGGUUCCAGUCGCAAAGAUGGCGUCGUCCGGGAAACGAGUGGUGAAUCAGGAAGAACUGCGACGUUUGAUGAAGGAGAAGCAACGCUCGAAUACCAAUCGGAAACGAAUAGAAUCUCCCUUCGCGAAAUAUAACCGUUUGGGGCAGCUAAGCUGUGCCCUCUGUAACACCCCGGUGAAGAGCGAGCUUCUGUGGCAGACUCACGUCCUGGGAAAGCAGCACCGAGAGAAAGUGGCCGAGCUGAAAGGCACGAAGGAAGCUACCCAGGGGCUGCCCGCCAGUGUAGAGCCUCAGUCCGCCAAGAGGAAGGCGCCGGAAGCGAGCAGCCAGGAUGUCAAAAGAGUAAAAACCUUCCCGGUGCCUCAGGUACAGCCCUCCACAUCCGCUUUGCCCGCCAGCGUUGUUGAUAAAUCCGGAAAGCAGUCUCCUCUAGCUACCUCCAGUAAAGCUGUAAGACUCUGCUUACUCCCUGAUUAUGAAGAUGAGGAUGAUGAGGGGGAAGAGGAGGGACGAGAAGGGAAGAAAGCGGUGCAGCCGGACGCGCAGGGCAAGGAACACUCACUUCCCUCCAUUCGUGGGGCAACGAACAGUGUGCUGCCGAACGAUUUCUUUGAUACAAGUCCUCCUAAAGCCCCCUUAAUCCCUCAUUCGGGAUCAAUCGAGAAAGCUGAAAUACACGAAAAGGUGGUGGAAAGGAGAGAGAACACUGCGGAGGCGUUGCCCGAAGGGUUUUUUGACGACCCUGAAGUCGAUGCGAGGGUACGAAAGGUCGACGCCCCAAAGGAUCAGAUGGACAAGGAAUGGGACGAAUUUCAAAAAGCCAUGAGGCAGGUCAACACCAUUUCCGAAGCCAUCGUGGCUGAAGAGGACGAGGAGGGGCGCUUGGACCGGCAGAUCGGGGAGAUUGAUGAGCAGAUAGAGUGCUACCGGCGGGUGGAAAAGCUGCGGAAUCGCCAGGAUGAGAUAAAAAAUAAGCUUAAAGAGGUUUUUACCAUAAAGGAACUGCAGAAGAAGGAAGAGGAGAACGUUGGCAGCGAUGAUGAAGGAGAACUGCAGGAUCUGUUGUCUCAAGAUUGGAGGGUAAAAGGGGCUUUGCUAUAA